GGAUAAGGGAUGGGGGUGGGGGGUACAAAUUUGGAAUUUGAGCACGUCAGAGGAGCACUUGAUCCUUGGCGUCUCAUGGACCCUCUCGGAAGCUCACAAGCGGACCGAGAAGGAGCAACACUCUCAUUUUGAAUGCGAGGCUGCUUGUUUUCUUUUCUUUUCUUUUUUUUUGUUUCCUGCACAAGUGAUAAAGAGUUGGGGAAGGGCGGCUAUGGCUUGGCCGUGCAUCAGCAGAGUAUGCUGCUUGGCUCGGUUCUGGAACCAAUUCGACAAAUCGGACCUUUCCGUACCGCUCACCAUCCAGAACUACUCGGAUAUCUCAGAGCACGAAGUGCGAUCCGUCACCAAGCAGGUGUUCUCCGCGUCCUCGGCCCCCGGACCGCGAGGUGCCGCCGGCUCCCCGACCCGAGGCUCCUUCAAGGCGCGCAGGGAGCCGAGCUACAAGCCUCGGGAGGACUACCAACCCCCGGAUGUGCCUUUCCCCAGCGUCACACAGUACAAGCAGGACUUCAAACCCUGGCCCAUUCCCAGGAAGGACCACUACCCUUGGAUAAGUAAUGGCGACAGCCCGGGGGGGAGGCUCGAGGUGAAAGAGGAGGAUUGGAGCAGCUCCUACAGACAAGAGUGCAGACCAUGGGCAAAAAGCACCAGGAAACAACUGGCAACUGAAUCACCUGAGACCAGCUACCAGGCUGCCUACAGCGGUGAAGCCCACCGGUCUAUAGGGCCGCACCAGGGGGGCAUCACCUCUGCUAGCACCAACAUACAGCCCGCCUCGGUCCGCCGGCCCGUCCUCAGCACCCCGCAAGCCGGCCCCUCCUACAACCCCCUCGUACUGCACAGCAUCCAGCAUGAGAAGACUGAGCUCAGCACAUCAACAAAGGGUCAGGAACAUCUGGAUAGGACCAAGCUGCCACCAAAUCCUUCUGCCGUCUUUCAAAGCGGAUCACGAGCCUUUUAACAUCUGACAGGAGAAUGUCUCUAGAAACCUAUGCAAGGGAACAUGUCAGGAGGGGGACCCCCCUGCAGAGCUAAGAUGAUAUCACUUGGAGACCCCUCCCCACUUUAAAGUCUGCUACAGUUGCUAUGGAAUUGAAUAUGCAUGUGAGUGACUAGCUUGUUUUGUUUUUACAGCACACGAAAAUGAAUCUGUGUGUUUCCUUGAUAUAAUGUCUAUAUGCUCUUAAUGUUGCUUCAGUUUUCGCAGGUUAAAAAAAAACCUAUUGUAAAACUAUGACUUUGUAGAUCUAUUGUUAAAAUCUAAGUACAAUGUGAAUGAAAUAAAAAGGAUUAGGUUCUUCUGA